UAGUUUGUUCAUUGUCGAACUUGUUAGGAAGUGGCAGCGCAAGUAUCACACGAAAAAAUAAACGCAGUAGACGCUACACAGGAAGUGUGAGCCACCGCACGCCCACUGAGACAUUUGAGCGUAGCUACAAAACCGCACAAGCGUGGAGGCAGCGAUAUCCUACGUGUGCACACGACACUUAUCGGAAGGCACGUCGGCUUAUCACAACGGUUCUCGGGCACAGUUGCUUGCUUGUGCUCGGUCGCUGGAGAGAUGGCUGGCGUGCAAGGAAGCUACCACGAUCCGGAUUCAAGUGGUCCUGAGGAAUCCUUGAGCGGUUGUUCCGUUAAGGUGACGCUGAAAGAUGGCCGCCAACUUCCGUGCAAGUUACAUGCAGGAAACACCGGGAACCUUCCCCGCUGCAUCAACUGCGGAUUUUUUAUGAUUACGUGGGCUAAACUGAAAUGCCGUCACAGCCUGUGCGGAGAAUGCUUCAACAAAUCCCUGACCUACAUUUGUCCCAUAGAUAACGCAAGGAUUGAUAGAUUUCAGGCAUCGACAGGAACCUGCGAGUACGAUGGCACAUUGAAAGACAUCCUCACCGAAUGCCCACUGUGCGGAAGGACGGAGCUUUUGAGUUCUAUCGUGAACCACAUUGAAAAGGCACACCCUAUUAUUCGUAUUGAAAAAUCCCGCACUCCACAGAAUAUGGCGCAGGAGCAAACCGAACUGGGCGGUAACAAGGCGCUCCGCAAUCACAACCACAGCAGUUCUGAUGGCAGAAAUCCAGAGCUCUCGAACCUGGAAUCAACCAAGCCUCUUCAAGGUGUCCCUGAUACUAAAACGGUACCAACACUCAAACAUGACAAAACGGAACCCCGUAGCAAGGAGGAGCACCACGAUUACAACUUGGCCAGUUCUGAUGGCAGAGGUCGGGAAUUCUCGAAUAACGAAGAGAGCAAACCUCCUGCUCCUGUCAUUGAAGCUAAAAGGGAGCACGAGGAGGCCCCCUACAGAUACUUCAUUGAGUGCCCAAUCUGCAAAAUAAAAGUAAAUUUCAACAAUUUCCGAAAACACAAGCGGCUAUGCCAAGGCCAAGAUUGUGGACAGCGUGAAGCAUCGUUCGGAGUCAAGCAAGGAGAUGACGGCACUGAAGAGCAAUAUCUGGACGAUGAAAUCCGGGAACUCAAGCAUAGAGUUAAAGUUCUAGAAGGGAGGCUUGAAAGCAUGGAACAACCUCUACUGGCGCUACUGCGACGGCUUUACAAAAACCCCUAGAAAGCAUUUUUUUGUUUAAUACCUUUGAUGUGGUUGGCGCCAAAUUAUUGAAUACCUUACUAGGUGCAAUAUCUUUACAAAGUUAAUUUUUACGAGUGAGAAAGAAUAGAAAAGUCCGAUUGAGGAUGGUUAUUGUUUGCUGGAAUUUAAAAGGCCCGCGUUCUAUGUAGCCUAUCAAGGACACUGUCUAUCUCAAACGGGGUAUUUCUGAUUGUUUUUGCAAAAGUCGUGUUACGGUUUGCACUUAAGUGCGCAAAGUGCGAAUCACUCUGUACAUUAAAGCAAUCUAUUGUUCACAGAGCACCAUAUGUGUGUGAUGAUUCAUAAAGUGCACUGUUCAGUUCCGCAUGAAUAAAGUUGUCAGAA